CCGGUUGCUUGGUAACCAAGCAGGCAUGAAACUGAACAACAUAGUUCGUUUUAGUAGAGAAGCAUUGUAAUAUCUGUGCUGAAAACUAAACACAAUGUCAGACGUAGGAUCCGAAGAAUUUGAAGAGGAGCAGGGACCUUAUUUAGGGGAGUAUGAAGGGGAACGCAAUGAAGCUGGUGAGAGACAUGGACAUGGAAAGGCAGUGCUGCCUAAUGGUGAUACCUACGAGGGACAGUAUGAAAAUGGCAAAAGGAAUGGACAGGGGACAUACAGAUUUAAAAAUGGGGCCCGUUACAUUGGAGAGUACUACAUGAACAAGAAACAUGGUCAAGGCACAUUCUACUACCCAGAUGGAUCCAAAUACGAAGGUGGCUGGGUAGAUGAUCAGCGGUUCGGACAUGGAGUUUACACUUAUAUAAAUAACGACAUGUAUGACGGGGAAUGGCUGAACCACCAAAGGCAUGGACAAGGUGUGUACACAUAUGCCAAAACAGGCUCUACAUACGUGGGCACCUGGAGACAAGGGAAACAGGAGGCAGCUGGAGAACUGAUCCACGCCAACCACAGAUACCAAGGAAACUUUCUUAACAACAAUCCUUUGGGGCCUGGAAAAUAUGUUUUUGACAUCGGCUGUGAACAGCAUGGGAAGUAUGUACAUACAGAGCAGGACAAGGUUGAAGGUGAAGAAGAGGAGCCACUUGUUGUCCCUGUGCUCAAGUGGAAAGCAGAAAAAGUUACAGAAAUGACACUCUGGGCCCCAGUUGCCAAAGAGGACAAGAAAGAGGAGCCGCUAGUUAAAGAACACUCUGUAGAAGUACAGGAAGAAGAGAAUGUGCCCCCUGUGAACAAGGAAGCUGCAGAGGUGAAUGAGGUGGAUGCAGAGGUGAAAAGGGAGGCUGAGGAAGUCUCCGCUGCAGUGGUGGAAGAGAAGGAGGAAUAACUGCAGACACGACUAUCUAUUUCUCUAAUAUUUUUUUACUGUGAGCAUCCUUUAAUGGGCCCUUAACAAGAAUGUAUGUGCUCAUGUAGAAAUCUGUAAAUAAACAUAACACGUACAAUACAGGAAAACCAUUA